AUGCUGUACAAGGUCCACGCCCGCAUAUCAAAGCCCUUUGCGACACCACAAACGUGCUGCUUCCUCGACAAGACGUGUAAAGGAAACAUUCAAUGCGCGGUCCGAGCUGUUAAAGAGUUCUCCAAGUCGCGACUACGAAAACGCGCACAGUCAAAUCUCCUCCGUCGACCGACCGCGGCAAAACGAAUGCGCGCGCUCCCGGCCGGCAUAGGCUUCAAUUCGCCCCUGCACCGACAUUCGACUACAGAGGAGAACAAUGCUUUUGAGCUGAUCAAGGAGGAGAUUGCCAUUAUGAAGAAGCUGAACCACCCAAACCUCGUCUCGUUGAUCGAAGUACUCGACGACCCAGAGGAAGACUCAUUGUACAUGGUCAUGGAGAUGUGCAAGAAGGGCGUCGUCAUGCAGGGCAUCAUUCACCGAGACAUCAAGCCUGAUAACUGUCUAAUCACAGAAGAAGACGUAUUGAAGAUUGUCGAUUUCGGCGUCUCGGAAAUGUUUGACAAGGCGGGAGAAAUGAAGACCGCAAAGUCUGCGGGUUCACCAGCCUUUAUGCCUCCUGAAUUAUGUGUCGCCAAGCACGGUCAUGUGUCGGGUAGAGCUGCAGACAUAUGGUCCAUGGGCUGUACGCUAUAUUGCCUAUUAUUCGGGAGAAUCCCAUUCGAGAAACACGGCAUGAUCGAGCUCUACCAAUCGAUACGGCUGGAUCCAGUAGAGUUUGAAUCCGAGUGCAGUCCAGAUGUCAAAGACCUGCUACAGAGACUUAUGGAGAAGGACCCGCAAAAAAGGAUACAGAUGGAAGAAAUCAGGGAACACCCAUGGGUGACACGACAAGGAACGGACCCCCUACUACCAAAGUCUGAGAAUGUCGCAAUCAUCAUUGAACCACCGACGGACGAGGAGGUCAAUGCUGCCAUCACAGGCAACAUGGGUCACCUAGUCACAGUGGUACGGGCAGUCAAACGUUUCAAGCAGUUGCUGUUCAGACGACGACCCGAACGCAUAGAAAGUAUACUGGGUAGCGCUUCGCGAAUGGUUCAACCUCCAUUAUCCAUGCGACCGUCAGCGUUGCGAAAAUCCAAGUCACAAGACACUCACGACCGACGACCAGUCGAGAGCGUGCUUACCGCUGAAGGUGUACACCACCAGAUCAAGAUCGAUGACAAGGGAAACAGACUACCACAGCACGAGGAUGACAUGGCAUACUCCAAAUCAAGUCUUCGGCCUGAUGCAGCCAAGAAGCGCCCAAGCGGCAGAUCUUCCGCAAUCAGCAGUCCGACCACGCCAAGAUCACCAGCCCUCGCUGAUGGCAAGGUAGUACAUGAAAACAUGUCGUUCCGACCUGCCGCCAUACAUUCCGUUUCAAGCCCUACUGGGACAUCUCUGUUGUCAUCAGGGCCAACCACACCUAUCGGGAAGGGACAAGCGCACAACCCGUUAGAAGAUACCCUUUUCCUCAAUAUCGGUACCGGCGAGAACUUCCAGCCAGAUCCAGAAGACGGAUGCGUCGUCUCCGAGUCACCGUCAAACGUCGACAUCAACGUCUACGAAGCGGCCUACGAAGAAGAAGUCCAACGGAUCAUCGCACAACGUCGAGACGAAUACAAGAACCAGGCCAACCGCCGUCCGACACUCUACCUCACUAGACGUGUUGAGAAUGUCAAGUCUAUACGCGACAGCGACGCCAUCUUUGACGAGGGACAGGAUCUUCGCCAAAACAUCAAAGUCAGCCUUAAAAGCUUCGUUACUAAGACCAAGGAAGACAUUGAAGCGCGGGGCGAGUUACAGAAGAUUCAAGAUGGUAAAGAGGGCAAGCUCAGCAGGACUAUGCGUAAUGUGCGAGAAGCUAAGAGACUCGUCGAAGAAGCGCGCGAGCGAGUCAAGACUGAGGAGCGUGACCGCGAGAGGGAAAGAAGCAGGAGUGCAACACCCGUUCCGCGUAAUAAUAGCUCUGGAAGCGUUCUUAGUCGAAGCGGAACACCCGUUGGGGGCUGA